AAGGUGCACUCUUCAGACGCGGAAGCGAUUUCCAGCUGUCAAACAGAUUUUUGCAAAUCAGCCUCAGCUUUCGGCUUAAAGGCAACUAAAGGCAUUUAACGUUACUUUAAAAUGGACUGUCCACGCUGGUUGCCUCUGGAGUCAAAUCCAGAAGUCAUGACAAAGUUUGUUAAUUGCCUGGGUAUGAGGCCAACCUGGCAAUUUGGAGAUGUAUAUGGAUUGGAUCCAGAGCUUCUCAGCAUGGUGCCAAGACCUGUGUGUGCAGUGCUUCUCCUCUUCCCAGUGACAGAGAAGUAUGAGGCAUUCAAACAAGAGGAGGAAGAGAAACUCAAGGAUCAAGGACAGGAGGUCUCUCCUGACGUCUACUUCAUUAAGCAAACCAUUGGAAACGCCUGUGGAACAAUAGGGUUAAUUCAUGCGGUGGGAAACAACCAGGCACACCUGGAAUUCGAGCCAGAUUCUCCUCUUAAGAAGUUUCUUGAACAAACCUCUAAAAUGACCCCAGAGGAAAGGGCUGCCUUCCUGGAAAAAGAUGAGAGUAUACGUGUCACACAUGAAUCGAGUGCACAAGAGGGACAGACUGAGGCUCCAAGCUUAGAUGAGAAAGUGAAUCUGCAUUUUAUAGCUUUUGUGAAUGUCGGAGGACAGUUAUAUGAACUGGAUGGCCGAAAACCUUUCCCUAUUGUCCACAGGAAAACUUCAGAGGAUACCUUCCUCGAGGAUGCUGUAGAGGUUUGUAAGAUCUUCAUGGCUCGUGACCCUCAGGAGGUUCGUUUCACCAUCAUUGCCCUCUCCAAAGAUUCAUACUGAGGAAACGCCCUUGUGACCUGAGAAAACAAAGGAAACAUUACUGCCAAACAUUCUCAAGUGCUGACUUUAUUGGAAAAUUUGAUUUGAUUCUUUUUUUUCUUCCCCCAAAUCACUGCAGCAAGUGAUGUGAGCAAAAUAAUAAAAUGUCAGGGAUAUCAUUUAAAGUAAUGUUCCACUUAGAUGUUGUGCAUUAGUUGAAAUUGUAAGGGAAUUGGGGUGCUGCUGUGCAACUAAAAGCGAUUCUUGCUAAAAUCAAAAUCUUCCAUUUCCCCGCUGCUGAAACAUAUCUAACUGUAAUACAGAUAUCAGCUGUUCUCCAUUAACACUGCACUAAAGCCUGUUUACAUGGCGUGUUUGGCGUUUAAUCGAGAAAGAAAAUUCAACACAUUUUCCGUGUCACUGAACUCAGCUUCUUUUUACUGUGGGUGUAACGAUACAUACUGUAUGUAGUGAAUUGUUACCUAUCAUAUGUCUGAUCACAUGGUCAAAACCACCUGAAGACACAUGAUUUACAAGGCUUUAAUUUCAGCCAUGGCUUUGAGAAAGCAGAUAGGCUUAAUGCUGUUUUGUGCAGUAAUGGUGUUAUGAAAAGGUUAUUUAAAAAAAAAAAAGAAACAUGUCUCUGACAUGUCUGGCUCACUUUCGCUAACUGAAGAAUGCAGACAGUACAUCCGCAUGGAAGGUGCCUACAUUUUUGUAAUAAGAAUUAGAAAUUCUGUCAAAUAAAAGGCAAAUUUAUUAAACA